AUGACGGAACGCAUGACAGAACGCGAGCUAGACUCGGAUUCGCAACCUCGAAAGAGAAUUUCGGUAGCAGUUUCGUCAACCGAGACCCCCUUCAGGGACCCGAAUACAUUCAAUUAUGACCUGGACGCCGCUCGGUCUUUUUGCGGCCAAGCUCGUAUUCCGCUAUCCCCCCUAAGUUCUAUAACGGAAUACCCUACCGAUGCCGUUGGAGACGUCAUAGGCACGUUACGACAGAAUCAGCACACGUACGGGAGUAGAUCUUACUAUGCCACUCUUCCAGGGUGGACGAGUAUGUACCAAGAUGAUGGUGUGGACUACGGCAUCAACUACCCCUACCCGGUAUUAAACCAAGAUUCCGCCAAUACGGUACAAGGUUGUGGGCGCUUUGGCUCAGGAAAAUCAAUAGAUGUUGACGCGGAGAGCCCUUCGGACUCUUACAAUAACUUGGUCCAUCGGCCGGCCAUCGCAAGCGAGUCAAGCAACGGGGUUUCACUAUCUGGGAUGGCAGCUUCGCUACCUAGCGCCCCUGAGCGCUUGGUUCCUUCAGAACGUCUGCUAACGCAAGCCAAUCGAACUCUAACAGGUUCUUCAAGCUAUCGUGGAGAGAAUCUACAGUCUUAUAACAACGCGAGCAAUACCAAGGCUACUCCAACAAGCUCGCUGACCGAAGCUGGCUACGGGUCCAAUUAUAAUAUAACCUACGGUGUCCUAACGACGCUUUCGUCAAGCGUCACUCACCGGCCCACCAGCCACCACGACGGUGCAUCUUACCAAACCAGUGGAAGUCAAGCGGCGUCAGAUACGCUUUACAGCGGCCAAUCGCUUCGAUCGGCCGAAGACGCUACGUCUAAUUUAAGCUACAUAUACACCAAUAAACUCGACUCAGAUCGACGAGACUCUCAGUCAAGCGGCGGGACGGCUACUACGUCCGUACUGUCCAAUGGCCACGUGUACGUGCCCGAGGGCCACCACACACAUACCCCCUCGACCCAGGGUUAUGUCCCUUCGCAUGGUAGCGCAAUGGAUGGAGCUACUACGUCUAGUCGAGGGAGUGGUAUUAGUGGAUCUUCGCAUAUGCAUACAGACGGCCACCGUAGAUCUGCGGGAAACCUCCGUGGGGGAUAA